AAAACACUCAUGUAAAAAAAAUAAGUUUCUAUUAUUUUAACAAAAUUUAAAAUUCUCCUUAUCAAACAAAAUAAGGUAUAGCACUUUUAGGAUGUCUGAUUUAUUCCAUCAUUCCAUUCCGUCAUAUGUCUGAAGGCGACAAUCUUAAAAUUGAGGAUGCUGUAAAACUGUUGAAAUAUUGGCGAGAAGAAAAUUUAAGAAGGAGUGAAGAAACUAUUAGUUUAUAUGAAAAUAAGAUUAAAAACAUUAUUCAUAAAUUGGGAAAUGAAACAUGGCUAAUUUAUGAGCAAGUAUUAAUAUCUGCUCUGGACUGUGGACGUUUUGAUAUAGCCAAAGAAUCUUUUCAAAUAUUGGAAAAAAAAUUUCCCAAAAGCCAUCGUGUGGCAAAACUUUAUGGUUAUAUCUUAGAGUCACAUCAAAAGUAUCCAGAAGCAGAACAGUUAUAUGAUACACUUUUAUCAAAAGAUCAAACCAACUCUCUGAUCCACAAAAGAAAAAUCGCUUUAUUAAAAGCUCAACAUAGAAUUUUGGAAGCAAUACAAGCGUUGAAUGAAUAUCUUAAAACAUUUAUGAGCGAUAUAGAAGCUUGGCAUGAGUUAUGUGAUUUAUACUUAUCUAUAUUGGAAUAUGAAAAAGCCGCAUUUUGCAUGGAAGAACUUAUACUAUCUAAUUCAAGAAAUUACUUGUAUCAUUUAAAAUUUGCCGAGAUCAAAUAUAGUCAAGGAGGUAUUGAUAACUUGGAAAUAUCGCGUUGCCAUUUUUGCUUUUCAUACAAAUUGAAUAGAAACAACGUCCGGGCGCUUUACGGAAUCAUAUUAGUGUCAAGUUCGUUGAUGAGUUGUAUUAAAGGCAAUACCAAAAAAAUGAAAGAAAAUCAGGUAUGCUUCGAAUGGGCUACUAAUCACCUUAAUCAACUAUAUAGUCAGAAAAGACGAAUGAAAGAACAAGACGAUGAUUUGAAAAUUUUAUCGAAAACUUUUGACUCCUUGCAAAUUCCUCCUUAAUUUAUACGAAUAGUAUAUAUAUGUGCGUUUAAUAAAUUAUAGGUCCGGACUACGCUGUUUUAUUUUCUUUUUAUACGCAAACAUUUAUUUAAAUAUUUUUAUUUUGGGAGAUAUUUUGAAAGUGCUAUGAAAUUAUAUAACAUUUGCUUAAUUAUUGAUUUAAUUUAAAAAGUUUGCAAAAUUCUUUCUAAAAAAAGAACAAAAAAAAAUAGCCUUACUUAAAAGGAUACAAAAUUAAUUUAUAAUAUAAUAGAUUAUUAGCAUUUAAUACUAUUAGAAAUUGUUUCUCUGUAAAAAAUUCAUUAAUAAGUUAAUCGAGGCAGGUACAAACCGAAUUUUUUUUAUUCUCGGCCCACCCAUUCAUGUUGAUAAGUAUAUUACGUCCAUUAACGAUCGAUGCUUUUGGAUAUUUAAACCAAGACAUUUCAAAAAAUUAAUAUUUAUUCAUCAAAAUAAAAUGGAAAUUUAAAAAAAUUUCAUGCCUUAACUAACAGUUGAAAAAACUUACUAGUGGCGCUUCUACACCAAUCAGUCACGAAAUUCUUAUAUCGUAAA